AGCCUGGGUGACAGAAUGAGACUCUAUCUCAAAAAAUAGAAUGAAACAAAAAAUUUAAAACCAAAAAAAAGAGGGUGAUGGCUGAGUGAGGAGGCCACCGUGGGCCGCACACAGGGCCCCGGGAGGACAGGGCGCAGGGAGUAUGAGCGUCCUGUCCACUGCAGUCGUUCCGCCAUGGAAAGCAGGACCUGAGAGAAGCAAAGCUGCCUGGCUCAAAGCAGUGACUGCCCUGCUGGCAGUUGUAGUGGCCGGGUAGCACUCGGGCCGGGAUCCAGGGGAGUGUAGGUGGCCACCUGGCCGUGUGCCUGAGUCCUACCCAAGCUGGGCACCUUUCCCUGGCAGUGCCUGGUAAGCUCGGCUGCCCUACUCAUGGACUCUUGCCCAUGGCCUGUUCCUUGUAGCAGGGCCGGGCUGUGGGAGGUCCGGACAGGAUCUUGAAUGGCCCUGUCUGCGGUCCUGGCUGGCCGGAGGUUGACUGCACUGGACAGGUCAGGGGCCUUAAACCAGGGUAGUGAGGAACCAGCCGAGCCCAUGAUGCUCCCCAGGCUGCCUUUGGCUCUCGGACAGACAAGCUCCUAAGGCGAAAGGUCUCCUGGGGCUGAUUUCCAGGGACUUUGGCUCCUGCAGAGAGGCCUGGAGGCGGGGCUUGGUGUUCCAGGGCCAGAGUCCUCCCGGUGGAAGCUGAGGGGCCUGAUUAAAUGCCUCCCUUCCUAGGCAGCAGCCCAGACGCGGCACAGAGAGGGCUCGGGAGCUUGCGGCAGCUUCAGCCACACCCACUCGCCCGGGUCUAUGGCCACGGCCGGAGAGUGGUCCUGUGCGCGCUGCACCUUCCUGAACCCGGCCGGCCAGCGCCAGUGCUCCAUCUGCGAGGCCCCCCGGCACAAGCCCGACCUCAACCACAUCCUGCGGCUCAGCGUGGAGGAGCAGAAAUGGCCCUGUGCCCGCUGCACCUUCCGCAACUUCCUGGGCAAGGAGGCCUGCGAGGUGUGCGGCUUCACCCCAGAGCCUGCACCUGGAGCUGCCCUCCUGCCAGUCCUCAACGGAGUCCUCCCCAAGCCACCUGCCAUCCUUGGGGAGCCCAAGGGCAACUGCCAGGAAGAAGCAGGUCCAGUGAGGACUGCGGGGCUGGUGGCCACGGAGCCCGCCAGGGGGCAACACAAGGACAAGGACGAGGAGGAGCAGGAGGAACAGGAGGAGGAGGGGGCGGCGGAGCCCAGAGGGGGCUGGGCCUGCCCGCGUUGCACGCUGCACAACACACCCGUGGCCAGCUCCUGCUCCGUCUGUGGGGGCCCACGCAGGCUCUCGCUGCCACGGAUCCCUCCUGAAGCCCUGGUGGUCCCGGAAGUGGUGGCCCCGGCCGGCUUCCACGUUGUGCCUGCCGCGCCUCCACCUGGACUCCCUGCAGAAGGCGCCGAGGCCAACCCCCCAGCCACCAGCCAGGGUCCAGCUGCUGAGCCAGAGCCGCCCAGGGUCCCACCCUUCAGCCCCUUCUCGUCCACCCUGCAGAAUAACCCCGUGCCACGCAGCCGACGCGAGGUUCCCCCCCAGCUGCAGCCGCCGGUGCCUGAGGCUGCCCAGCCAUCACCCUCUGCCAGCUGCAGGGGACCCCCCCAGGGCUCGGGCUGGGCUGCGGCCGCCCGCCUAGCAGAGUUGCUGUCCGGCAGGCGGCUGAGUGUGCUGGAGGAAGAGGCCAUGGAGGGCGGCUCCAGCCGCGUAGAGGCCAGCAGCUCCACCUCGGGCAGCGACGUCAUCGACUUGGCCGGAGACACCGUGCGUUACACGCCCGCCAGCCCCUCCAGCCCCGACUUCACCACCUGGUCGUGUGCCAAGUGCACACUCAGGAACCCCACGGCGGCCCCCAGGUGCUCGGCCUGUGGCUGCUCCAAACUGCACGGCUUCCAAGAGCAUGGCGAGCCCCCCACCCACUGCCCCGACUGCGGGGCGGACAAGCCCUGCCCCUGUGGCAGAGGCUGCGGACGGGUCUCCUCGACCCAGAAGGCCACCCGCGUGCUGCCCGAGCGCCCGGGCCAGUGGGCCUGCCCUGCCUGUACCCUGCUCAACGCACCACGGGCCAAGCACUGUGCUGCCUGCCACACGCCUCAGCUCCUGGUGACCCAGCGGCGGGGGGCCGCACCCCUGAGGCGCAGGGAGAGCAUGCACGUGGAGCAGCGGCGGCAGACAGAUGAGGGCGAAGCCAAGGCGCUCUGGGAGAACAUCGUGGCCUUCUGCCGGGAGAACAACGUGAGCUUUGUGGAUGACAGCUUCCCUCCCGGGCCUGAGUCUGUGGGCUUCCCCGCGGGCGACAGCGUGCAGCAGCGCGUGAGGCAGUGGCUGCGGCCCCAGGAGAUCAACUGCUCCGUCUUCAGGGACCACAGGACCACGUGGUCUGUGUUCCACACGCUGCGACCCUCAGACAUCCUGCAGGGGCUACUGGGGAACUGCUGGUUCCUAAGCGCCCUGGCGGUGCUGGCAGAGCGGCCGGACCUGGUGGAGCGGGUGAUGGUCACGCGCAGCCUGUGUGCAGAGGGUGCCUACCAGGUGCGGCUGUGCAAGGAUGGCACGUGGACCACGGUGCUGGUGGAUGACAUGCUGCCCUGCGAUGAGGCCGGCUGCCUCCUCUUCUCACAGGCGCAGCGGAAGCAGCUGUGGGUGGCCCUCAUCGAGAAGGCGCUGGCCAAGCUGCAUGGCUCCUACUUCGCGCUCCAGGCGGGCCGCGCCAUUGAAGGCCUGGCCACGCUCACCGGCGCCCCCUGCGAGAGCCUGGCGCUGCAGGUCAGCUCCACUAACCCCCGCGAGGAGCCCGUUGACACUGACCUCAUCUGGGCCAAAAUGCUGAGUUCUAAGGAGGCUGGGUUCCUCAUGGGUGCCUCCUGUGGCGGGGGCAACAUGAAGGUGGACGAUUCGGCCUACGAGAGCCUGGGCCUGCGCCCCCGCCAUGCCUACUCCGUCCUGGAUGUUCGAGAUGUCCAGGGCACCAGGCUUCUGCGGCUCCGAAACCCAUGGGGCCGUUUCUCCUGGAAUGGCAGCUGGUCUGACGAGUGGCCACACUGGCCGGGGCACCUUCGUGGCGAGCUCAUGCCACACGGCAGCAGUGAGGGCGUCUUCUGGAUGGAGUAUGGCGACUUUGUCAGGUACUUCGACUCUGUGGACAUCUGUAAGGUGCACUCGGAUUGGCAGGAGGCGCGGGUGCAGGGCUGCUUUCCCAGCUCGGCCAGCGCGCCCGUGGGGGUGACAGCGCUCACGGUGCUGGAGCGGGCCUCGCUGGAGUUCGCACUCUUCCAGGAGGGCAGCAGGCGCUCGGACGCAGUGGACAGCCACCUGCUGGACCUGUGCAUCCUGGUGUUCCGGGCCACGUUCGGCAGCGGUGGCCACCUCAGCCUGGGCCGCCUCCUGGCCCACAGUAAGCGCGCGGUCAAGAAGUUUGUCAGCUGCGACGUCAUGCUGGAGCCUGGAGAGUACGCUGUGGUGUGCUGCGCCUUCAACCACUGGGGGCCGCCCCCCCCGGGCGCCCCUGCCCCCCAGGCCUCCAGCCCCUCGGCAGGGGUCCCAAGAGCCUCCCCAGAGCCGCCGGGCCACGUGCUGGCUGUGUACAGCUCCAGGCUGGUCAUGGUGGAGCCUGUGGAAGCUCAGCCCACCACGCUGGCCGACGCCAUCAUCCUGCUCACCGAGAGCCGCGGAGAGCGGCACGAGGGCCGUGAGGGCAUGACCUGCUACUACCUGACACACGGCUGGGCAGGGCUCAUUGUGGUGGUGGAGAAUCGGCACCCCAAGGCCUACCUGCACGUGCAGUGUGACUGCACCGACAGCUUCAACGUGGUGUCCACGCGCGGCAGCCUGCGCACCCAGGAUAGCGUGCCACCCCUGCACAGGCAGGUCCUGGUGAUCCUAUCCCAGCUGGAGGGCAACGCGGGCUUCUCCAUCACCCACCGCCUGGCACAUCGCAAGGCAGCCCAGGCCUUUCUCAGUGACUGGACAGCCUCCAAGGGGACCCACAGCCCCCCACUCACGCCAGAGGUCGCCGGUCUGCAUGGGCCCCGGCCGUUGUGACCACGAUGCCCGGGGCAGGGGCUGUGCGCAGACGGACCCCCACCCCCUACACGCACUUUAUGAGGGAGACCCCGAUAGAGGACGCUUGAACCAGAAUCUCAGGACCCUGCCCAGGGAGCUGCCAGCCCAGUGUGCAGCUUCCCAUGGGCCUCCCGCCCCCUCCCUCCCCUCCCUGAGCACCCACAGCCCGCCUGGCCAGGCCUCCCGGCCACCACGCAGAAUACCUCGAACCAGACGGGCUGUGAGCCAGCCCCACUCACCUGCCAGCCCCAACACCCGACGGGGGGCCGAGGCCAGGCUGCCCCUCCCUGUGGGCUCAGAGUCUCCUGUGGGGGAGGCAGCCAAGAGCUCUGUCCACAAAACCAAAUCUGGGUGUCAGAGGCCAAGACCCCAGGGUGGGAUCAGGGACCACUCCUCACGGGGCAUAAUAUCAGUUUUCCCCCAGAGCCCGGGUCCCUUUCCCCACGGGGCAAGCGGGGUCCCUGGAGCCCUGGUGUGGAGCGGAAAGUCCCAGGGCGGUCCCUGUCUCAGAAGGAGGGGCCCUUGGCCAGCCACCCCCCAGCGACACUAUGCAAUUGCGCCCGCCAGGAUCGAAGCCAUGACCGGGUGCAGGCGGGCGCCAGGCCUGCUGUGGGUGGGCACCAGUUCUCAGCACCGCUCACUGCUGCCGGGCAGGCCAGGACCAGCAGGCUCCUCAGCCAACCUUGUCCCUCAGCCCGGCCCUGCCACAGAGAGGGACCCCAGCCCAUCGUGGACGUUGGCAGGGCUCAGCCGCUUCCACCUCCCCACAGAAGCCCAGGAGCGUGUGGACGUCUGAGUCCAGCUUCCUGCGUCCCCACCCGGCCCUCCUGGCCCCUCACCCCCAGGCAGUGAGCCAGCCCCACCCCCACUCCCCCUCGUACCCUGGCAGGGGCUUCCGGGGCUGUUACACCUGGAGAAACAUUCCCACUCCCCUUUGGCCUCCCUGUACUCCGAGCUGUGAAUAUUUUUAACCCUGUAAAUACGGCCAGCUCUUGUGACACAGAGACUAUUUUAUCAACCGUCAGCACCGUUCCUUUACGAUAGGAUUCUCCACAGUGGCUUCCGACUCAGGCUCCAAUGGACCAAAUAAAAGCGUUUUGUUUUGUAA